AUGGAUCAUCAUAACUCAGACUGGGGAAUUUCCACGUUCGAUCUGUCUGAGGAGAAGUUUUACAUUCUCCCAAGAUACGAUGCUAUGAUGUACAGUUCGCACAUAUUGCGUUUUGGACCUACUGUGUCUUUGUAUGUGGAAGAAAGUUUAAAAAAUGAAUACAGAAUCGUGCCUUUUCCUGGUGCUCCGUCAUCAACGAAGAUAAAGGAUGAAUCUUCGAUUCGUAUUCUGGAACCAGCUGUGAUGCAUAACGAGUACUUCCGUAUACUCCUUGAUGGAAAGGUUUUGAUUUCUGUUGUUGAAUUUCCUCCGAAGGAUUUGGCGGAGCAAACGAACAUUUUUAAGAUUUAUAUGAUCCAAUCAAGAGGGAAACAACAUCGCAGUUCAAGUCGCUUGUCAGUUAUUCAAACAGGAAUAGGAAUACGACCGACGUACAUCUUUGUACAAAGAGACAUUCUCUCACUAAGGUGUUUGUUUCCAUGA